AUUGACUUUGCUUCGAAAUCUCAUAAAUAUAAUCAACAAUUUGUUCGUUAUAUAUUAGUACAUCCAAAUGAAUGUAAACAAUAUAUACAUUUAUUAUUAAUAGCAGCUAAACAAUUCGAUAAAUCAAAUGUUAUUAAUUAUUGUUUAUAA